AGGGGCCGGAGGCGGGUCCUGGGCACCAGCGGUUCCGACCCCCCCCCCCCGCCCUCCGCGCCGCACCCGAGUGGCCCCCAGCCGAGCGGGCCCCCACCUCCCGGCCCGGCCUGGGCCCUCCUGCGCCUCCCUUGGCCUUUGUCCGGCGCCAGGAGGCCGGUCCCGCGCCCCCCGCGGCCGCCCCGGCCCGGGCCCGCGUCAGGCGCCUGGCUCUGUACGCGAGCCCGGGGAUCUGCGGCCUCCGCGGCCCCCCUCCCCCGCCCGCCCUCUCGUGGAGCCCGGCGCCGGCGGCAGCUGCCCGGGCGGGGGGUUGCGGCGCUCAGGAGAGGCCCCGGCUCCGCCCCGGGCCUGCCCAGGGGGAGAGCGGAGCGGUCCGCGACCGGGUCGGGUCGGGGCCCCUCCCGGGAGGAGCGUGGAGCGGCGGCGGCGGCGGCAGGUAGUCCUCGCUCAACUUUUACUGAGAUUAUAUGAAGGGUUGGAGGUUUUUGCUGUUAAAAUCAGACCAGAACUAGACAAGGUAGAAAUGAUGGAAGAAUUGCAUAGCCUGGACCCUCGACGGCAGGAAUUAUUAGAGGCCAGGUUUACAGGAGUUGGUGUUAGUAAGGGGCCACUCAAUAGUGAGUCUUCCAACCAGAGCUUGUGCAGCGUGGGGUCCUUGAGUGAUAAAGAAGUAGAGACUCCUGAGAAAAAACAGAAUGACCAGCGAAACCGGAAAAGAAAAGCUGAACCAUAUGAAACUAGCCAAGGGAAAGGCACUCCUAGGGGACAUAAAAUUAGUGAUUACUUUGAGUUUGCUGGGGGAAGCGGGCCAGGAACCAGCCCUGGCAGAAGUGUUCCACCAGUUGCACGAUCCUCACCGCAACAUUCCUUAUCCAAUCCCUUACCGCGGCGAGUAGAACAGCCCCUGUACGGCUUAGAUGGAGCUGCAAAGGAGGUGCCAGAGGAGCAGUCGGCACUGCCCACCCUCAUGUCAGUGAUGCUAGCAAAACCUCGGCUUGACACCGAGCAGUUGGCACAGAGGGGCGCCGGCCUCUGCUUCACGUUCGUUUCAGCUCAGCAAAACAGUCCCUCCUCUACGGGAUCUGGCAACACAGAGCAUUCCGGCAGCUCCCAAAAACAGAUCUCCAUCCAGCACAGACAGACCCAGUCUGACCUCACAAUAGAAAAAAUAUCUGCACUAGAAAACAGUAAGAAUUCUGACUUAGAAAAGAAGGAAGGAAGAAUAGAUGAUUUGUUAAGAGCCAACUGUGAUUUGAGGCGGCAGAUUGAUGAGCAGCAAAAGAUGCUAGAAAAGUACAAAGAACGAUUAAAUCGAUGUGUGACAAUGAGCAAGAAACUCCUUAUAGAAAAGUCAAAACAAGAGAAGAUGGCGUGUAGAGAUAAGAGCAUGCAAGACCGCUUGAGAUUGGGCCACUUUACCACCGUUCGACAUGGGGCUUCUUUUACUGAACAAUGGACAGAUGGUUAUGCUUUCCAGAACCUUAUCAAGCAGCAGGAAAGGAUAAAUUCACAGAGGGAAGAGAUAGAAAGACAACGGAAAAUGUUAGCGAAGCGGAAACCUCCUGCCAUGGGACAAGCCCCUCCAGCAACCAAUGAGCAGAAACAGAGGAAAAGCAAGACCAACGGAGCUGAAAAUGAAACGUUAACAUUAGCAGAAUACCAUGAACAAGAAGAAAUUUUCAAACUUAGAUUAGGUCAUCUUAAAAAGGAAGAAGCAGAGAUCCAGGCAGAGCUGGAAAGGCUAGAAAGGGUUAGAAAUCUACAUAUCAGGGAACUAAAAAGGAUACAUAAUGAAGAUAAUUCACAAUUUAAAGAUCAUCCAACGCUAAAUGACAGAUAUCUGUUGUUACAUCUUUUGGGUAGAGGAGGUUUCAGUGAAGUUUACAAGGCAUUUGAUCUAACAGAACAAAGAUAUGUAGCUGUGAAAAUUCACCAGUUAAAUAAAAACUGGAGAGAUGAGAAAAAGGAGAAUUACCACAAGCAUGCAUGUAGGGAAUACCGGAUUCACAAAGAACUGGAUCAUCCCAGGAUAGUUAAGCUGUAUGAUUACUUUUCACUGGACACUGACUCGUUUUGUACAGUAUUAGAAUACUGUGAGGGAAAUGAUCUGGACUUCUACCUGAAACAGCACAAAUUAAUGUCGGAGAAAGAGGCCCGAUCCAUUAUCAUGCAGAUUGUGAAUGCUUUAAAGUACUUAAAUGAAAUAAAACCUCCCAUCAUACACUAUGACCUCAAACCAGGUAAUAUUCUUUUAGUAAAUGGUACAGCAUGUGGAGAGAUAAAAAUCACAGAUUUUGGUCUUUCCAAGAUCAUGGAUGAUGAUAGCUACAAUUCAGUGGAUGGCAUGGAGCUAACAUCACAAGGUGCUGGUACUUAUUGGUAUUUACCACCAGAGUGUUUUGUGGUUGGGAAAGAGCCACCAAAGAUCUCAAAUAAAGUUGAUGUCUGGUCAGUGGGUGUGAUCUUCUACCAGUGUCUUUAUGGAAGGAAGCCUUUUGGCCACAACCAGUCCCAGCAAGACAUUCUACAAGAAAAUACUAUUCUUAAAGCUACUGAAGUGCAGUUCCCGCCAAAGCCAGUAGUAACACCAGAAGCAAAGGCGUUUAUUCGACGAUGCUUAGCCUACCGAAAGGAGGACCGCAUCGAUGUCCAGCAGCUGGCCUGUGACCCCUACUUGCUGCCUCACAUCCGAAAGUCGGUCUCCACGAGUAGCCCUGCAGGAGCUGCUAUUGCAUCGACCUCGGGGGCGUCCAAUAACAGUUCUUCGAAUUGAGACCCACUCCUAGGCCGCGAACUGUUCAGCACACACAAAGUGGACAAAUGGCAUUCAGCAGCGGGUUUGGGACAUAGCGAAUCCGAAUGGAUCUCAUGAAACCUGUACCAGGUGCUUUUAUUUUCUUGCUUUUUUCCCAUCCAUAGAGCAUGACAGCAUCGAUUCUCAUUGAGGAGAAACCUUGGGCAGCUCUGGCCAGGCCUCGUAGGAAAAGGCCCCGCCCGAGGUUCCGGCGUCAACGGCCACUGCGUGUGGCUGCUCUGAGUGAGGAAAAAAUUAAAAAGAAAAACUGGUUCCAUGUACUGUGAACUUGAAAACAUGCAGACUCAGGGGGGGUCCCUGAUGCAGUGCUUCAGAUGAAGAAUGUGGACUUGAAAAUACAGACUGGGCUAGUCCAGUGUCUAUAUUUAAACUUGUUCUUUUCUUUUAAUAAAGUUUAGGUAACAUCUCCUGAAAAGCUUGUAGCACAAAGGCUCAGCUGGGGAUGGUGUUUGACUUCGGAGGAAAAAAGUUGCUAUUGCCCGUUAAAGGCACUAGAGUUAGUGUUUUAUCCCUAAAUAAUUUCAAUUUUUAAAAACAUGCAGCUUCCCUCCCCCCCCCUUUUUUAUUUUUGAAAGAAUACAUUUGGUCAUAAAGUGAAACCCGUAUUAGCAAGUACGUGGCAAUGUUCAUUCCAGUCAGAUGCAGCUUUCUCCUCCGUCCGGUCUCCUGUUUGCAAUCGCUUCCCUCGUCUCAGCAGGGAAGGUGUCAAGUGGGAGGACUGAGGUGUGUGGGGCUUUGCCGUCGGACAAAGAACGAGGUUAGAAGCCCGCAGCUUGGAGUCUCUAGGUUUUCAACUCUUUCUUCACAAUUUGAACACUUGACGGUUGUCCCUUUUAAUUUAUUUGAAGUGCUAUUUUUUUAAAUAAAGGUUCAUCUGUCCAUGCAGUCCUCUUGGAUUCUCUGAAUGUAGUAACUAUCAAAAACUGUUCCAGAGGUAGGCAGAAAAUAGGCCGGGGAGCCAAAUGCUCUAGGGAUCGGAAGGUCCUCCCCGUGGUCUCUGUGUGCUUGCUAAAUGGUGUAUCUUUCUUGUUAACCGCAAUAUUAAAACUUGAUCAGCUCAUAAGCUUUCCUCUGUUAGAUCUUUUGGCAGGAAACAACUUCCAGCCCUCUACAUUUCGUGGGUGUGUGCUGGUGUGUGUGUCUGUGUGUGCAUGUGCACACACGCUUUGUCUCACUUCAAUAGAUUGAUCAAG